UUACCCACAAUGCUCACAGCAUUCCUGUAGUGAAGGAAAACUGGAAAAGCUAGGGGAGGGAUAAUAUUGAUUUAUACAGCCGGCAUUGUUCUUCAGCGUGUAAACGCACAAUGCCAACCAAACCACUAAUCGAGUUCCGUUAAUUUUAUUCAAUAUUGGCCAUUAAAUUGAAACCAUGGCAACACAAGCAGCUGUCCAUCAACGCAACCUUGAAAGUGCCAUCCUCUUCAUGCAGACUGAGCAUGCUCAGACACUAAAAGGUCUCCACGAAGAAAUUAAAAAUCUCCAGAAAAAAUGCUCAGACUUGACUUUCCAACUCAAUAUGCAAGGAAUAGGGGAUGAUUCACCAGGUGCUCAAAGCGCUCAGAUCGAAGACUUGAAGAAAGAAAUCCAGGAGCAAAUUAAAGAGAGGGAGGAAUAUUGCCAGGAGCUCCAGAGGAAGGACAAACAGAUCAAACAUCUGGAGACUGACGUCAAGCGAACAAAAAUCAAACACCAAGAAGAGCUCCGCAAACGAAGCGAAUGGGAGGACAGGCUGCGUGCAGACCUCGAGUCAAAAUCUAAUCAAGUGGCUUACUUGACCACAGAACUGCAUAAACUCAAGAGAUUACAGUUAGAAAGUGGUUCAAAACAGGCAUAUAUUGCUAAUGCCUCUCAUGGACUAGUUCCUGCUCCUCCUGGACUCCCAAAAGAGCGAAUGUCAGGAAUCAGGAGGGGUCAUCGUGGAGCUAGAAAACCUGAGCACGAAGAAAUACAGCCAGUCCGUGCAGGGUCAGGUGGCACAUCACGGUCCGAUUCUCCCGUUCUGGAGGCUGCACGAUCCUUCAUCGAACGAGAUGACAUUGAGCCAGAAAUCAAAGAACGCAAACUGCCACCACUUCCUCCCAUAAAAGCUGCCCCUAGUGAUCGCCAUGUCAUGUUUCAAAAGGUUGUUCAGCCUUCUCAUCGCAAAAAGCAUGUGGAAAUCUCACAGGAAGUGCAGGUCAUAGCUGUAGAUCACAUGCCCACAAAGGAACAGAAGUGGGCCACUCAUGCCCAUGAGUCGAGAAGUUCUGAAAUGAACUAAAAUAUAAACUUGUCACAUUUGCCAAAUGUUAUUUUACAUGUUGUGUUCUUUUUGUUAUGUUUUGUGUAUGUUUUUGAUGCCAACUAUUUGAGUUUACAGACAUCAUUUUAAUGUGUGUGCGAUGAUCAUGUUUUUAUGAUAGAGAGGGUUUUUAUUCUGUUUUUAGAACACAUUUAGCAUAUAUUUAAGAAGGGUAUGUAAUUUACGUAUUCUUAAUUUGUACUUUAUUUCUUUACUUAUUUUAAGGAUACUUGUUCUUUACGAGGGUUGAGAGAAGUUUUAUUCCGUCCAGGGUUUGUGAUUCUGCCUGUGAUACUUUCAGAUCAACAUGUCAGGUCAAAAACAGUUACCAUUGGCCAUAGUUUCUCAAAUAUUACUGUCAAGUCAGUAAUUACCAUUGGCCAUAGUUUCUCAAUACAAAUAUUACUGUAAAGUUAGUAAUUAACAUUGGCCAUAGUUUCUCAAUACAAAUAUUACUGUAAAGUUAGUAAUUACCAUUGGCCAUAGUUUCUCAAUACAAAUAUUGCUGUAAAGUCAGUAAUUACCAUUGGCUUUAGUUUCUCAAUACAAAUAUUACUGUAAAGUCAAUAAUUACCAUUGGCCAUAGUUUCUCAAUACAAAUAUUCCUGUAAAGUCGCCAUAAUUUCUCAGUACAAAUAUUACUGUAAAGUCAGUAUGAUUAAACAUGUCAUGUUUUUGAUGAUAAUAAGUUUUCUAUAUAUCAUUUGAUAAGUAAAAUGUGGUAAAUUUCAUAAUCAAUUCUCUCACUUCUGAGUACUGUUUUGAGGUACUUGGUUAAUCUUAAGUCUCAUGUUGUUUCAACUUCUAUGUGAAUUUGCACCCAUGUGUUGUGACUAAAUAAACAUGACUUUUUACAGA